AUGAUAAAUAUAAGGGAAUUAUCUUUGUCAAAAAUAUCAAAAGAAUAUUGGAGCGGAAUGGGAAGAGAACCACACAUGUGGUUGUUAUCAUGUGAAGAAUAUCUUGCUCAUUUGGCUUCAAUAAUGAAAACUUCUGUUGAUUCCGAGAUUAUAUUUGCCUCCACUAAUGAUAAACGUUCAAGUACCAAAACAGCAAAUACAUUAUCGUCAUUACUGCCAACAACAACAAUGAACUCAUAUUCACAAGAUGAUAACUAUGGUUCAAACGAGAUCAUCACUACUGAUGAAUUGGUACAAUGGAUUCAAAAGAAAUUGAAUUUUCAUAAAAAAUUUUCCGCAAAAAUUUUAUUACAACAAAUGGCUAAUUUUGGUUUUAUCGAAAGAAUCGAUGGUCAUCCAAUUUUGUUUCAUAACGCUGUUGACGGGAAAAUUGAAUACGAUUGUUUGUUCCCCUUAACUUUUGCCACAGAAUGCUCUCCAACUGUAGAGACUUUAAUCACCGCAAUCUAUGGAUGUUUAUCAGACAUUAAUAUAUCAAUAAAUGAAUGUGGAUUUUUAAUUAUGACCCGUCGUUGCUUUCCUGAUCCAUUUUUGUCUAGAUAUACACUGGAACGUUUAAUUUUUGCUGUAAUUGAUUGGAGUUGUAGUGAGGAUGAUAGAUUAUUAAAAAUUGCAAGAGAGUAUAUCCCUUUAAAACGUAAGCUUCCCGGUGUUCGUGAUGAAAUGGAAGACAAAAGGGCAGGUGUUGGUGGUUCCAGUACACAACAAAAAGGUGGCACUUAUUUACACAAUUAUUCUGGGGGUGGUGCAUAUAUUAUUAGUCGUAAAAUGUUAAAGGAGAAAUAUGUUGUAAAUUGGAUGUCAAAAAUACAUGAAAUAAAUCCUACAUUAUUUUGUGAUUUAGUUUAUAAUCAAUUAGAAUCACUUCAAAAAGAUCAAAAUGAAAAAGGAAAUCUACAAGAAUCAAUGGAAAAUGAAUUCCAUCAUUAUGAUAUUGUUUUAAAAAAUAUAAUUAAACUUUGGAAUAAUGGUUUACUUUUUUCAUCUUUAAACAAUCUGAUUUCUCUUUGUGCUUCUAAAAUCCCUUCCAACAGACAGAGUACCACAGACCAAAUUCUUAUUCAUGCGGAAAAUAACAAUCUUGAUAUUACCGAUCCAAUCGCAACUUUAUCACAACUUUUCAAAGAAGGGGGCGCUGUUGAGCUUUCACGUGCAGUACAAUGGAUGGAAUUGAUGGUGCGAGCAGGUGUUGGGCUUCCUGGUUUAGUAUUCUCUGAUUUUCUACCACUUUUAGCAAAAAUUGAGCCAUCACUUGAACUGUAUACUUCUUAUUUACAUGUCAUAUGGUAUCAAGUAAUGAAUGGACUUGGUCACCUUAUGACAAGAGGAGUCAUUCUUAAAAUAAUAUCUGAUGUAAAUGAGGCGACUUUAGAUAUGAUAAAGAAAAUCAAUGAAGAAGGUCAAAGUGCUGAUAUGUUAAUCGCUAGAAAAUUUAUCAAAAUUACUUUAGCGUUAUCAUUACAUUCAUAUAGUUGUCCUCUAGAUUAUAUUUACAAUUUAGGAAUAGUAGAAGAACCCAAUGAAAGACCAAACGGACAAAUGUUACCUAAAAGAAUUUCACAUUUGCAAGAUCCGACUCCUGGUUCGAACGUUACAUCUGAUACAUCCUUAAUUAAAUGCUUAUUAAUUUAUGCAAGAUUAGAAAAAUUGGAAAUACGUAGCGAUGUAGUAAAAUCAUUUUGGAGAUUUUUCACUGCUGCAAGUCUUAUUUUCAAUAAGAUAGAAUUUAUUAAUAGUUGUAUACCAAAGUUAUUGCCUAUUGUAUGGGAGGAACUUUCACCUUUAUACGAUGCAUCUUCAGAAAUUACAAUGUUACUUUUAAUGAGGAUUAUUUGGACUGAUUCUCGAUUUUUCCUAGCUUCUGUUAGUAAAGUUUUUGAGCACGAAAGAUGGGAAGUGAGGUAA